GUCUUGUCAGGAUGUGCAAUAAUCGUGCGGGGCCAGCCACGGGGAGGYCCGCCCCCGGAGCGUCAGAUCAACCUGAGCAACAUCCGUACCGGAGUGCUAGCUCGCCGCGCCCCCCAGAGCCAGCCCGACCAAAAGGACACCCCUGACGAGCCCUACGCCUUCCAGGCCAGAGAGUUCUUGCGCAAGAUGCUGAUUGGGAAGGAGGUAUGCUUCACAGUGGAGGUCAAGACUGCUCUGGGCAGAGAAUACGGCAUGGUGUACCUGGGCAGAGACACCACCGGYGAGAACAUUGCUGAAUCUCUGGUGAACGAGGGCCUCGCCACUGUCCGCAGGGAAGGAAUCCGGGGCAACAAGUAAGACUCAG